AUGUCAGAUGCGACCGAACGAGAAGAAGAAGGCCUGCCCGCAAGGAAGGGCAAGGCGGCAUUGAAGCCUAUCUCGGCCUAUCAGCCUCAAGAGCCCUUCAUCGCCUUCCCCAGGAAAGUGUCCGCACCCAAGCGAGUGUCCAAGCAUGCUAUCACGCCCAUCAAGACGUCCGCACGACGACGUGAUGCGCCAGAUCCGUCCGACUUUGCUACGCCCAAACGAAGCUCGCCGACCCGGCAGCGCACAGCUCAAGUCAGGCGCCUUCGAGCUGCUACACCGACCAGUGUCUCGCCCUUCAGACCUGUGCCUUCGACGUCCGCACUAGAACCGACGCUUGCGAGUGAGCCGCGCAAACAGCAGCGACCCCUCACUUCUCUGACAGAGUACAAUGUCUCGCCAAGAGCCCAAGCAGCAGAUACAAGCAGCAACUCGGGGCUCAAGAGGUCUAUCAGUGCUACUGCAGCACUAGUCAGUGUUGGCAAGGAUGUCAAGGAGGAAGACAAGCCAUCGAAGCGCAUGAGAUCAUUGCUCGCCACGGAUCCAUUCGAUUCGUCGAACAUUGCCGCGCCCGCACCUGCGCAAGCGCCUCUCACGCCGUCGACCUUCAAAGUUGCGAGACCCAUCGUCGAUAUGGCAGCAAGUCUCACGCCGAGCAGUGUUGAUGAUCUCACCAGAUCAGAUGCAACGCCGCUCGAGAUUGCGCUCGAAAUCUGGAGCCCGCGAAAGAAGCGCAAACGCACGCAACUUUCUGGUGGACUCGGCAAUUUCGCUGCACAGGCUAUCGGCCGAAUGAAGAGCGAGCAGACGCUUUGGCAGCACGAGCUCACGCGGCAGCGCAAGACGAGCACAAAGGCAACGUCGAAUCAGUAUCGAUACACCAUCGUCGCAAUGCUCUCUCAUCUGUCUGCUCCUACACAGCCGCAAGCAAGCAUAUUUCAUCAGGGCUACGGACUGGGUGCAAGAGUUUCGGUUGCGCGAUGCCGGCCCGCGGAUGCCGCUGAUUUCGUGACGGUCAUCUUUUCACUGUCUGCGUAUGCCAGUGCGUCAUCGCAGCAAGAAGCUGUUGAGAUCAUGCAAGGCGACGAGCAGUAUACUUUGAUCACAUCAACGCGGCAGAUGCGCGACCGGCUCAAGCUAGACGCCCAAGUGAUAGUCUGGGACCCAGUGCACAGGUUUCUAGAAGCGGCUGAGCCCACGCUGCUCUGCUCCCGCUUUGCCACACUGCAUACAGGCGAAUAG